UUCUCAACCAACGGUUCAACAAGAUCAUCUCUAAGUUCCACUACAUAUCUGAUCCAAUUUCUUGUACAAAGGAAAUUUUGUUUCUAAAGUUGCUCAAGUCUUGUUUUCACAUCGAACCAACCAGUCAAAAACAAAAAGUGUGAAUGUUUCUUCCUUUAUUCCAUCAGCCAUUCCUUUUAAUCUCUCAACUACUCUUCAAAGUUUCCAUCAUAGGAUUUGCUUUUUCUCUUCUUUAUCUUCUUCGUUUGGUUUUAGUCUGUGUUUGGUAUUGCAAUCGUUGGUUGAACUAUAACAAUGCAACUAAUACAUGAAGCAACCUUCAAGAUAUAUUGAGUCCGUGAACGGAUUCCUUUUUUAAUCGGCACAAGAUCCAUACUGUAGCAGCUCGAAGUAGACCAAAAGAUAGAGGACACAUACCAGAAGAGGAAUGGAAAAGGUAGGUGAAGAUGAGGGGAAGACCAUUGAAGAAGCAAACAAUUCAACUGAGGAGACGAGGAGUGAUAAGGAAGCAGAGAAGAUCAGAGGUACAACUGCUGAUCAAGUUGAUCCAGUAGAUUCUACAGAAGAAGGCUUCACGGGUCCAUCUAACUCGCACACUGUCGCCUCUAUUGAUCCUGAUUUCAAUGAAUCUGAUAUGGAGGACGAAGAGAAGGUUCUCGCGUUUUUCAGACGUCAUAGUGGUUUGAUACCUGAGGUUGCCGAGCGAAACAACUUCCCAUCGAUGAACAACAAGUCUGAAAAGAUGAUACUUCAGUUCCAAGAAAACACUCCUACAGAAACAGAACAAACAAGUGUCGUGUUCCAUAGUUUGAAAGAUAGCAGUGAAAUUUCCGAUUUAGGUGCAGUGAAUCUGAAUUCACCGGAAAUACUAGAAGGAAUCAAGUCAUCAUCAGCUUCAGGUGAGGAUACCGAUGAUGAUUCAUCCAGUAACUCAGACCUUGAUUCCAGCCUUUCCAAGUAUUAUUUUGAUGGGUCCUUACCGGUUUCAACUUAUGUCGAAGAAUCUGAUACCCAUCAAGAUGAAUCAUCUCCUGUACCUAAAGAUGAAAAUCAGAUCCCUCUACUGCGCCCUAAGUACCCCAUGCAGCAACCAACUUCGUGGAGGAAUUGUUGUGGACUCCUUCAGCUUCUCCGGGCUGCCAAUUCAGACACCAGAAAAAGUUGACCUAGAGAAAACCAAGGUUAUAGUAUUAUAGUAAAUAAUCAUAACCUGCAAUGAAUAGAUCGUUGCAGAAUAUAAGGAACAGAGAUAUGACUCAUUGUUCUAGUACUCAUCACAUCAUCUAAUAGCAAGUUGCUAUUUUUCUUCA